GUUUUACUACAGAUAAUCAUCAUAUGUACACAAGUUCGGUGCGGACUCGUCGAUCAAUUUAAAGUUUCGUUAUCAUACACAGGGGUGAGAACAACGGUCCAAUUGACAGGUUCAUUUCUUACAUAUUGUCGAUGCUUUGUAUGCAUGCUCUCCAUUAAAAUGAUGGUUUGUUCUAUUCUUGCAUUUGUGUUUAAACCUAAAACGAAGUACUUCAGGUCAUAUACUCUUUUAUGUUUUACAACCUCGGAUGUUUAAAUAUUGACAACAUGGCCGAUGCUGGGGAUGUACGAAUUUGUCCUCGUUUGCUUGAGCAAUUGCGUAUUUCGACUUAAAAGGAAGCCCGCAUUCCACGACUGAUGCAUGUAUCCACAACAGAACUGCUCGACUACAUCGAUGACGAGGACAAAGAUCCAAAGGCAAAUGUGGCACGAAGAGGACUUCUUGUUCAGCUUGUGACACGAUAUCGUGAUGGGAAAACCAUGAUGGACAUGUACUUGGCAAAUCUCGAUGAGUCGGAGGCCGUUGAAGAUGUGCAUGCAACUUUGACCACAAUCCACCGAGAUACGCGUAAAGAUUUGUUGUUGUUGCUCCGAAAAGCAACUGUGUAUGAUUACAGAGAUCUAUAUGUUCCUCUGCGAAUCAGUGACGUGAUCUCUUUUGGGCGGACAACUGCUUAUAAAAUGUUUGGCAUUCCGGAGAUUGCAUGCUUUAACACCAACCUGCGAAACAUGAGCCCGCAGCCCCGCUUGGCGGCUCCACCUACAGACGCCCCUGUUGAUGCCACUGCGUCAAAGGCAGUAUUACCUGCAAUGCACACAACGCACAAUGCUCAGAAUGUUGGCCUGCAAUCUCUGACAAAGCCAAAACUGGAAUCGGCGACUGCAGCUGGAGAAUCUGGCCUGGUGCCUUUGUCGAUCCCUAAAUUGAACUCGCAGCCAAUGAACAUCGAGGCUAUGCAGACCGCGGGUACAAGGUCCGGGUCGAUGCCUUUGUUAACCCUUGAGGCAAAACCGGGAUUGUUGAACGUGGCAACAGAGAUAACAACACAUUCAGAGUGUAUGAAUAUGGCGACACCUGUUGUAUCUGAAGUGCGAGAAAAGCCAAGCCAUAAGAUUAUGAAAAUGGUGCCAUCAGAGCAGACUCCUAAAACGUCGGGCUUGGAGAUGUGUAAUGAGGCCAAACAAACUGAGCCUAUGGUGUCUUUAGAGAAUGGGAAGGCCACGACGAAGAUGGCGGAAAAAUGUGGCGGCACGUCUGCGUUGGGAAUAAAACGGGCGUUUCAGGAUACAAUUUCCGGAAACGUAAGUGAUGGUGCAUUGAAGUUGGCACAGAAGAAAACUAGAAAGGGGCAAUAGAGAGUAGAUGACUACUGCAGUUUUAACAUGUUUCUCAUUUCUGAACUACCAUCCACAGAUAGAAGACAAUGGCUUGUCGCAGAUCUGUGGAAGCGGAUCUUGUAUAUAUAUAGGCUAUGUUAGAUUUGAUGUGUAUACUGUCUUUCGUUGUUGUUAAUCUAUCAGUUGAGACACUAUUGAAAAAUCAAUGAGCAGGACAUUU